CACACAGAUAGUCUGUAAAACACACAUGAGAGACAGAGAAGGAUAGAAUCAGCCUCGGACGGAGACCAUCAUCUUCUGCAUGCUCGGCUGCUGCUGCCGCUGCUGAUGUGUGUGUGUGGGUGUGUUAGUUCCCUUGGAUGAGCACACACACGGCUGAGGAUGCAGCUGGGAGCAUGAGUUCUGACCGAGAGGAGUAUGACACGGUCUGUCAGAAAGCUGUGACCCUAAUUGUUGACCUUUGCCUGCACAACAGCUCGCUGCUGGACCCAGACACCUGUCAGGAUUACCUCUUCCUGCUGUCCAGCCACAGCUCUGACCGCAAACAACUGGGCUCUUCUUUCGGCCUCCUGCUCGGCGUCUUUCUGUUCUGCGGCCUGGCUCUUCUGGGCCUUCUUACAUUCGUCUCCUGGAAGCUGUGCCGUGUGCCUCUGCAGACGAAGGCCCAUCUCUCCAGCCCCUCCCUCACGCUGACCUGCGACCCCGAGAUCUGCCCGCUUCAGCCGACCAUCCUGCUGCCCAGCCCCCUGCAGUCACCGGUCACCAUGGCGACAGAGAAGGUGAAGGACCCCAUGGGCUCGAUGGGUUUCCUGGAGGCGGCGGUGAAGAUCAGCCACACGUCGCCCGACAUCCCCGCCGAGGUGCAGCUCUCCAUGAGGGAGCACUUCCUGCGCCGCACCACGCGCAUGCAGAGGCAGGCCACCGAGCCCGCCUCCUCCACUCGGCACAAUUCAUUCAAAAGACACCUUCCCAGGCAGAUGCAGGUAGGUAGUCUAGAUCUGGGGUACGACUACACGCCGGACAAUGACGAUAGGCCCACAAGCAUUGGUCGCAUCCAGCCAGAACUCUACCAACAGAAGACCCUGGAGUCUGAGGAUUCGUCCAAGAACGGCAGCAGCAAAAACUGUGGCAGGAUUAACUUCUCUCUCAAGUACGACUACGAAAACGAGGCGCUCAUAGUCAACAUCAUCAAGGCGUCAGACCUCCCUGCCAAGGACUUAUGUGGGACGUCUGACCCUUAUGUGAAGGUGUACCUGCUGCCCGACCGCAAGAAGUUCCAGACUCGCGUCCACCGGAAGAUGCUCAACCCCAUAUUCAACGAGAGCUUCCAGUUUCCUGUGCCUUACGACGAGCUGGCGAUCAGGAAGCUCCACAUGAGCGUCUUUGACUUUGACCGCUUUUCACGGCACGAUAUGAUCGGCGAGGUGGAGCUGGACAACUUGUUUGAGACAUCAGACCUCUCCAGGGAAACGAACAUAUGGAGGGACAUCCAAUACGCCAGCACGGAAAGUGUUGACCUUGGGGAGGUCAUGUUCUCCCUCUGCUACCUUCCCACUGCCGGCAGACUCACCCUCACUGUCAUCAAGUGCAGGAACCUGAAGGCCAUGGACAUCACCGGAUACUCAGAUCCUUACGUCAAAGUGUCGCUCGUAUGUGACGGGAGGCGUUUGAAAAAGAAGAAGACGAGCAUAAAGAAGAACACUCUGAAUCCCACCUACAACGAGGCCAUCAUCUUUGACAUCCCGCCGGACAGCAUGGACCACGUCAGCCUACACAUCUCCGUCAUGGACUACGACUUGGUAGGUCAUAAUGAGAUCAUUGGUGUGAUGAGGCUUGGAUGCCAUGCUGAGGGUCUUGGAAGGGACCACUGGAACGAGAUGCUGGCGUAUCCACGGAAGCCCAUUGCACACUGGCACCCCCUGCUGGAGUCCAAGAAGUCUGAGAAAGAGUGGAAGGCGAGGACAGCCAGCUUCGACAGCCAAGGCUCCUGCCCCUCCCCCCGGCCCCCUGCUAGCCCCUGAGCAGAGCCACCUGUGACCCAGAAGGGGGUUUCCUCCCUCCUGCUGAUCCACUUCCUGUCUGUCUGAUGGAGGAGAAACACAACCCCACUGUCUCUCCCUCUCUCUCCCUGUCUCACUGUCCCUCCCUCCCUCAAGUAUAGAACGCUCCCGAUAACUGAUAUCGGGUCAGAUAGUUGUGUGAAGCGCAGUCUUUAAGGGGUUUGAAAUUGUGGGUGUUGUGAUGAGUUCCCCCUCAAUGGCUGGACAUCCGGUCUGCAGACCUUUCAUAUCUGAGCUGAGGUGAACAAAUCUCAGUGUCCUCACACGGAGACUCUCCAGGCGCUGAAGAUUCAGUUAUGUGGUGCAGAGACUCUUGGAUAGAGAAGCCAGAGAUCGGAUAUUGCUCCACGAGAGCAGUUUCAGGACACGGUAGAAAAAGAGACUUUAAACCGGAUAUGAAGCAAUUUCCGAAGCCAUUCGUCUCUCAUUGAAUUCACAGUGCUGCAUAGCAUAUAGAUGACUGUAGCAUUUUUGGCACUAUUAGAUGUAAAAACCAUUAAGCUCCAUUCAUCGUUAUGGUUUGUGAAUAGCAAAACUGACAGUAAUUUCAAAGCCCCUGCUGAGUUCUUCCAGUUUCGAUAAUGACAUAAGCAAUUUCCUGAUCCGUAGUUCGUUAGGGAGAGAUGGGACCAGGCUGCAACUAAAAUAUUCUCAAUUUGCUAAUUUAGUGUGUUUUCAUUAGCAGAAAAUACGAGAAGUUGUAUGUAACAAAAUAAUAAUUGGAUUUUAUUUUCCUCACACAACAGCACAUUGGCACACAAAUUGGCUGCAGUGUUAUAUAACUGAUUUAUAUUCUGAUUAUCAUAGUUUUUCUAAGCAGAAAGCAGGUUUAAAUAACCUGACGAAGGUACAAAUAACUACAUUCAGACACUAAAUACCAAAAAAUACAAUACAAAUGUUACCAAAAACUGGAUUUUUUUCAACUGACGCUAUUAACAAAAAUCGCCUGUUGAGUUCUUCCUUUUCAAUAAUGACAUCAUUUCCUGAUCCGCAGUCGUUUAGGGAAGAUGGGAUCAGGCUGCACCAAAAAUAUUCUAAAUGUGCACAUUUUGUGUGUUUUCAGUAGUCAAGAAGAUGUAUCUAAAAAAUAAGAAAUGACUGGAUGUUUUUUUCCUUAUACAAGCCAAAUUGGUUGCAGUGGUAUAACCCAUUUCAAUUCUGAAACAACACAUUUUAGAAACAAAAAGCAGGUUUAAAUGACCUGACAAAGGCACAAGCUUAAUUAACACACUAAAAACCAACACAAUUAAAUAAUAAUGUUACCUGAAACACAGAUUGUGGUCGAUGGAGGUUUCUGUAAACAGGAAGUGAGCACACUUUACACUCCCUUACCUUCCUCUCUGUUCGAUGUUUGCUUUUGAGCGAUCUCACCUUCUUCUUCUUCCAGAUGAAAACUCAACCGCUCAUGUUUUCCUUCAGACACUCACUGUUCAAAAGCACUUCUUCGUCUCCUCCUGUUCUUUUUCUCUGAACAGGUUUUGGUGAUUGUGUAUAUUUUCAUGUACAGCCGUCCGCCGUUUCCUGUAUGUAUGUUUUGUUAUUCUAAGCAGCAAAACCAGAGAAGAUAUAAAUAUACGUAAAGCGUAUUUAAAAGUAACAUUUGAAUAUAUGUAGCUUUGUUGGUUGUGAUGAUUGAGAAAGCAUAAACAAUUGUGAACAUAUUCGUCUUUUGAACUUAGAAACAUGCAACUUUCUUGAUGUCAUUAAUCAUACUGUUGUUCAAGGAGAACGUGUUUGAAUUCGACAUCCAGAUGCUUGAUCUGCAGCAUGUGAUUAUUAUUUUUGAAGAUAUUUGAUCUGAUUUAGGAAAGAUUACUGCAGCACCGCUGUCAUAUCAGGUGGCUUUGCACCAGUUCAUUCCUUUAAUAAAUCCCUAGAUAUUAUGUUGUCUCUUGAAUAUGUACGGUGGCUGACAGGCAACCAUCUUACAACGGCCCAAAACACUUCAAUAAGGAAAAACGUGCUGCAUUUUCAAAAGCGAUGCAAAUAAAAAAACACAUAAGUGCCAAAACACAUGCAAAUGAAGAAACAUCUUCACCAACUUGACAACAUUAAGAAAGCAUUCACCAACUUAACGAAACAUGCACAUUAACGAAGCGCUGCAACUAACAAAAUGCUGCAAGAAGCUCAAUACAAAACAGAAACAGAGACACUAAAAAGUGACGCUCAUACAGCUGGGACCGGAGCACUUUUUGACAUUUGGCGAUUAUGAAGUUAGCCAACUGUGAAUGUAUGUUUUAUCAGCACAUUUUAACAAUGUGAUCGGAUGAGCCCUUCCGAUAUUAUUGCAGAUCUGCAACUAAGAUAAGAUAAAAUAGACUUGUAUUAAUCCCAUGGGGAAAUUGUUUCUCUGCAUUUGACCCAUCCUAGUGUUAGGAGCAGUGUGCUGCCAUUUUGAACGGCGCCCGGGGAGCAGUGUAGGGAACGGUGCCUUGCUAAGGGACACCUCGGUAGCACUUGGUCUUGCCGGGACUUUAACUGGUGACCUUCCAGUUGCCAAGCCAAGUCCCUAUCGACUUCGCCACCACCGCCCCUAGCUAGCUAAUGUAGCUAAUCUAGUAAUUUCAAAUUAUAUUAUGACAAAACACCUGAGAUUAUGAAACAGACUAACUCUACCAUCAGUGACAGUUGACCAACUUUAUAAUCCCCGAACGUCAACAACAAGCUCUGGUCCCAGCUGUGUGUGUCACUUUUUAGUGUCCCCGUUUCCUUAUUAUGUUUAGCUUCUUGCGUGUUUUUGGCCAUUAGGCGCGUUCACACCGGAGUACUUUUCCCACUUUAGUUCCGAUAUAGUUCCGAAAUGUCGCGUUCACACCAAAAAGAGCCGGAACUAAAAUGAGUUAAUGAGAACCUU